GUGUGUGUGUGUGUUGUGCGCGGACGGGGCGGCGGCAAAGGUGAUUUUUGUUUUCCGCGAAAAGAAAAGUUUUGGUUUUUUUUUUAAACGCGCAUCUCGUCGUCGUCGUCGUCGCCGCCGCCGCGGUGCUGUCAUGGGAGCUGAGAAACGGAAAGCGGGACCGGUGAAACCCGAGCGAGGAUUAUCCCGGCGAAGAAAUGGCUCAACAAGAGGCGAACCUUCAGCCAAAAAGCAGAGAUUGGAGGAUAAGGCUUUGUCGAUUCAAUUUAGAAAGAAGUUUGUGAAACCGUCACCUUUGAAAUCAUUUCAGUUGUCAAUAGACAAAGGCAAUAAUAAAACACUCAGAAGAACAAAUGUUAAGGUGAACAGAGCAUCUGCUAAAACACCUACAAAGCCAAAUGGGCAAGCAACAAAAACAAUGGUAAAGGAAACAGAAAGAAUGUCUGCAGUCAUGAAGAAAUCUACUAAGCCUUCACUUAAAAAAAGUGCAUUACAGAAAUCUUCCCACCAGAAAAAAAACGUAGACCGUACUGUAUCAAAGAUGAAAGUAUUACCUGAAAGGAAAGUUACAAAAAGGCAAUGCACUGGUAAAGCUGUCAGUAAAGGAGGCUCUGACAAGGUUUCACGGACAAGGCUUCAGAGUAGUAGAAUUUCUCAGUCACAAGCUACUCGGAAAGAUCUACGUAUAUCCAAAGAGAGCUCCUCAAAACAAACCUCAAAAAUUGCGUCAUCAAAAAAUUGUUCUAAAAGAAAACUUACGCGAAACAUGAAUAAACAAUCUCAGAAAAAAUCUCUUCGAACCAUGGAAAAUUCUUGCUUAAGAAUUACAACAGACACCAAGAAAUCUAAGAAAACUGUCAAGUCUAAGAGUGAUAUCACUAAAUUUAAAACUGAAAAGAAAAAUGUGAAACCUUUAUCAGUAAUUGUUAAGAAUAUUAAGAAGCGGGCUGUAAAAAAAACUCUGAAACCUGUGACUUCAAAAAGUGGACUUAGAAAACAAUCAACUUCUCACAACAGUUCUAAAAAUGUAGUCAAAUUUGAUGAAGGUACUUCAGAAAAACUUUCUGAGAAGACACAACAUAAUGUGAAAUCUGCAAAGAGGACACAGCAAAAAAGGGGAACAAAUUCAUCGGUGCAACCUGUUACGGUGAAGCAGGAGCUUAUUGAAACCGUGAAACCUCAAACCAGAUCUAGUCGAGGCACUUUAAAAGAGAAAAUUCAGCAGGUGGUAGAUUCUAAAUUAAAAUCAGUGACUAAGCAAAUCCAGAAUAAAAGGCAAGUGAGAUCAUCACAGAGACUGAAUUUGACUCUUCCACUUUCAACAAGGUCUACCCUUCCUAUAGGCAGAAAAUCCAGUACAAUUCCUCAUCAAACAAAAUCAGUAAAAAGGAAAUUGAGUGACUUAUCUUCCAAACAUUCUGAGGCUGUAUCACCAUCGGAAAAAAACUGUAAUAAAUCUUCAAAGACAGGAGAAACAAAAUUAUAUCCUAAACAUGGAAGCAAAACAAAACUGGAGAAAGUUAAGCAGACUCCCAAAGAAAAGGUUUUAAAGAUAUCAUGCACUAAAGGUGCAGGUAAAGUUGAAAUGGAGAAAGCAAGCAUUCCUAGUGUUGAGAAGACAUCUGAGGGUACAGAAAUUGACAUAGAAAAAAAAUCUAGUACACUGGUUUCUUCACAAGAACAUUCUGAAACAAAAGUUAAAAGGGAUGCUUCAUUGCAAAGUGAUGGACAAAAACUGGAAGAGAAAGGUCCAGUUCAGAAGCUAGCAAAAGUAACCAGUGACAACGCUAAAGAAAAGAAUGGAGUAAAAUCAAUGAAUAAAACUAUAAAUGCUUCAGGACAGAAAAGAGUGAACCACUCUUUGAAACAACAUCUUCAUCCUUCAAAACCAUCACACAAAUUGAAAUGUAAAGCUAGCAAAAAUAAAAUAUGUCCUAAAAAAGUAGUGGAAAGUCCAUCUCUGCAAACUGAAGAUGAUGCAAAAUGUAAGCGUCAAAGUAUUCUAGAACUGUGCGAAGAAAUUGCAGACGAGAUAGCUUCUGACACUCUUGAUGCUUCAGUGAAGACAGAGCCCACAAAAAUAGAGAAUGAAAAUGUCCAAAAAGAACCCGAAGCCAUUAUACCAGAGGAUGUUAAGAAAAAAACACAGUCUAGGGUGACAUUUUCCAGCCUUAAAAAAUUCAAAUUUUCAGGACAAAAAUGUGCGAAACGUAAAUUAAUUGAGCAUAAUAAAUGUAUGAAUACAAGAUAUAGUUUACAAAAAGGAAAUAGUUGGACUAGAAUUAAGCAAAUUAAAACUGAUCAGAAAAAAAUAAAUGCCAUUAAAACUAUCCAAAAGCUUAAAAACUUGGAAUUAAAGCAAGCAGUUUCACAGGUAGUAGUUCAAACAGUUAAUAAAACAAUUGAGAAGGAGAAAUUGCCUAAUGGGGUGCCUACGGAAACCAAAGAAGAAAAUGGUGUUACUUGUGAGCAAAAUAAAUCUAAAAAUGUAUCUUUUCGAAAGGAGCUUGGAAAAGGUACUCUUAAUAGUAAAAAUAUAUCUGAAAAUAGCACACCUGAAAAAGUCAAGAAGCUAAUAGAAUUAUUCUACAGAAAAGAUGAGCCAGAGGUGCCAAAUGUGGAAGCUGAAUCUGAAGCAGAUGAGAGUUUUAGGUUGCAUUUGGAAUCAAGUCCUGAUUGUAGUCCGAUGAAGGGAGUUACUACAGCACCAGUGAAGGAGAAAUUGGAGAGUGAAGUGGAAGUGUCAGCACCCAUGGAAACCAUACGGGCUCUCUUCAGCAGUCCAGGUUCAUCAGAGAGAAAUAAUGAAAGUGUACCUUUGUCCAGUCAGCUCACUGAAGCGAAGAGUAUUGUGGUUGCCUCUGAUCUUUCUGUACAGAAAGAAGUCAAACCAGUGAAUGAUACAGAGAGAGGUGGGCUUCAGCAACUGACCAUUGAUGCUGGGCAGAAAAGGAUUGGAGCCGUUUCCUGUGCUAUCUGUGGAAUGCUGUAUGCAGCAUCUGUUCCAGAGGAUGAAGCCCAGCACCUUCAGUUUCACAAACGUUUUAUUAGUGCUGUAAAAUAUGUGGGCUGGAAAAAGGAGAGAAUUUUAAGUGAAUAUCCUGACGGCAAAAUAAUAAUGGUUCUUCCUGAUGAUCCUAAAUAUGCUCUGAAAAAGGUUGAAGAGAUCCGUGAAAUAGUUGAUAAUGACCUUGGAUUUCAACAUGCAGAACUAAAGUGCCCUUCCAGAACAAAAACACUUCUCUUCAUCUCCAAUGACAGAAAAGUAGUUGGCUGUUUAAUAGCGGAACAUAUACAGCGGGGUUUCAAGGUCAUAGCUGAUAAGACUUCACAGGAAUCAACAAAUGAUGCAAUUAUGCUUGAAAGCCAACGAGCUUGGUGCUGUUCAACCAAUGCUGAACCAGCAAUCUGUGGAAUAAGCAGAGUAUGGGUCUUCAAUCUAAUGCGGAGGAAGGCAAUUGCUACUAGAAUGAUUGACUGUCUCAGGAGCAAUUUCGUUUAUGGGUCAUACUUAAGUAAAGAAGAAAUUGCAUUCUCGGAUCCUACUGCGGAUGGUAAACUCUUUGCGACCCAGUAUUGUGGAACACCCAGGUUCUUGGUGUAUAAUUUUGUUAGCUGACCUUGCACAGAUGGAUGAAGCAGACUUCACAACCACCAGUGAUGAAGUCUACUUGAUAAAGCCUCAGGAAACUGAUACAAUUAUGAAUUUGUUCGCUGUUCACAAGUUUCAGGAGUUGAGAUGUAAGAACUGUACAGUUACUUUUAUUACAGUUAACUCAGGACCGAUAGCUAAAUGGUUGCUUAUAUUUUGGAAAACUGGAAAGGAUGCAGUAAUAUUUGACAUUGUUUGCUUUGUAUUUUAAAAUGGACAUUGGUUUUAACAGUUUUUAGAAAUGAAGCAUGCCUUUUUACUUUGUUAGUUACGCUAACAAAUUUUACAAUGUUUUCUGUAACACAGAACAAUUGAGUUGUAAAAAUUUUGAAUUUCUUACACAAUGUAUAUAAAAUGCAGUGGUAUAAAAAUUAAGAGAAUUGUUUUGGUUUUUUAAAAUAAACUGCUGUGGCCUUCCUGGUCUGCAUUUAUUGUAGAGU